UUCUGACUAAUGUAUAAUCUGUGGAUGUAAGUGGUACGCUGAAGCAGGGAAGGAAUUAAGGUGAUUACUGUAAACAAACGUAACUUUCAGUUUGUUUUUCAGUACUUAUUGUGUGGGUAAUCUAUCUUAAAGUGUUUAUAAAAUAUGGCUGUUCCUCCAGCGGCGUUGGUAAAUAGGAAUAAGAAACAUUUUAUGGGAGUACCAGCUCCAUUAGGUUAUGUUGCUGGUGUCGGACGAGGUGCAACUGGCUUCACAACUCGAUCUGAUAUUGGUCCUGCGAGAGAUGCCAAUGACGUAUCCGAUGACAGACAUGCCCCACCAAGCAAACGUAAGAAAGGUCAUCAGAAGGAGGAGGAGGAAGAUGAUGAUGAAGAUCUCAACGAUUCCAACUAUGAUGAAUUUUCAGGUUAUGGGGGAUCUUUGUUUAGCAAAGACCCAUACGACAAAGACGAUGAAGAAGCAGAUGCCAUCUACGAAGCCAUCGAUAAACGAAUGGAUGAGAAAAGAAAAGAAUAUCGAGAAAAGAGGCUGAAAGAGGAAUUGGAAAGGUAUCGACAGGAACGCCCUAAAAUCCAACAACAAUUUAGUGACUUGAAACGAGGUUUAGUGACUGUGUCGGAAGAUGAAUGGCGCAACGUUCCUGAGGUAGGUGAUGCAAGGAAUCGUAAAGUGCGAAAUCCGCGUUCUGAGAAGUUCACUCCCCUGCCAGACUCUGUCCUGGCUCGCAAUCUAGGUGGAGAGACUGCUACCACAAUUGACCCUGCUAGUGGGCUUGCUAGUGCCUUCCCAUCAGGGACAGCAACAGGUAUGCUUACACCCACUGGAGACCUGGACCUGUGUAAGAUUGGACAAGCACGAAACACGUUGAUGAAUGUUAAGCUGAGUCAAGUAUCUGAUUCUGUUGAAGGUCAGACAGUUGUAGAUCCAAAAGGUUACUUGACAGAUCUUCAGAGUAUGAUUCCUACAUAUGGUGGAGACAUUAAUGAUAUAAAGAAGGCCCGUUUACUUCUUAAGUCUGUACGUGAAACAAACCCAAAUCAUCCACCUGCUUGGAUUGCUUCUGCCAGGCUAGAAGAGGUCACUGGCAAGGUACAGGCUGCCAGGAAUCUGAUCAUGAAGGGUUGUGAGGUGAAUCCUAAGUCGGAAGACCUUUGGCUGGAGGCCGCUAGACUGCAGCCGCCAGAUACAGCACGUGCAGUGAUCGCCCAAGCUGUACGACACAUCCCGACAUCUGUCCGCAUCUGGAUCAAGGCUGCAGAUCUGGAGCAAGAAACAAAGGCAAAGCGCCGGGUUUAUCGCAAAGCACUAGAGCACAUACCCAACUCUGUGAGACUGUGGAAGGCAGCUGUAGAGCUGGAAGAUCCGGAAGAUGCCAGAAUUCUUCUCAGCAGAGCAGUGGAAUGCUGCCCAACCAGCGUGGACCUAUGGCUGGCCUUGGCCCGGCUUGAGACAUAUGAGAAUGCUCGUAAGGUUCUGAAUAAAGCCCGUGAAAACAUCCCAACAGAUCGCCAGAUUUGGACUACGGCUGCAAAACUGGAGGAGGCAAAUGGUAACAAUCACAUGGUGGACAAGAUUAUUGAGAGGGCUAUAACAUCUCUGACUUCUAAUGGCGUGGAGAUCAACCGCGAGCAUUGGUUCAAGGAAGCGAUUGAGGCAGAAAAGUCUGGCUCUGUGCACUGCUGCCAGGUGUUGGUCCGAGCCAUCAUAGGCCAGGGUGUAGAGGAAGAAGACAGGAAGCACACAUGGAUGGAAGAUGCUGAGGCCUGUGCAUCACAAGGAGCAUAUGAAUGUGCACGGGCUGUGUAUGCUCAUGCACUGGCCACAUUCCCAAGCAAGAAAUCUAUCUGGCUGAGGGCAGCCUACUUUGAGAAGAAUCAUGGCACGCGGGAGUCGCUGGAGGCCCUUCUGCAACGUGCAGUAGCCCACUGUCCAAAGUCUGAGGUGCUAUGGCUCAUGGGGGCCAAGUCUAAGUGGAUGGCAGGAGAUGUACCUGCUGCUCGUGGCAUUCUCUCACUCGCUUUCCAAGCCAAUCCUAAUUCGGAAGAAAUCUGGCUUGCUGCUGUCAAGUUGGAGUCUGAGAAUUCAGAGUAUGAACGUGCACGUCGACUGCUCGCUAAGGCCCGCGCUUCUGCCCCGACACCGAGGGUUAUGAUGAAAUCUGCAAAAUUGGAGUGGGCUCUAGACAAUUUGGAUCAGUCUCUCAGACUGCUGGAGGAAGCAAUCAAGGUCUUCCCUGAAUUUGCGAAGCUGUGGCUUAUGAAGGGGCAGAUAGAGGAGCAGCAGGAGAAGGUUGACAAGGCCUGGGAAACGUACAAUGCUGGCAUCAAGAAAUGUCCCAACUCGGUACCUCUCUGGAAGAUGCUGGCAUCUCUGGAGGAGCGGAGGGGUAUGUUGACCAAGGCACGAUCAGUCCUUGAGAAAGGGAGGCUGCGAAACCCAAAAUGUUCACAGCUGUGGCUGGAGGCUAUUCGAGUUGAGUUCCGUGCUGGGCUGAGGGACAUAGCCAACACACUUACGGCAAAAGCUCUUCAGGAGUGCCCAAAUGCAGGUAUCCUGUGGGCAGAAGCAAUAUUCCUUGAGUUACGACCACAGCGUAAGACAAAGAGUGUGGAUGCUCUGAAGAAGUGUGAGCAUGACCCGCAUGUCCUUCUGGCCGUCUCAAAAUUAUUCUGGUGUGAGAGAAAAAUACAGAAGUGCAGAGAGUGGUUUAACAGAACAGUGAAAAUUGAGCCGGACCUGGGAGACGCAUGGGCAUAUUUCUACAAGUUUGAGCUGCUCAAUGGCUCUGAGGAGCAACAGGAGGAAAUAAAGAAAAGGUGCAUUGCAGCUGAGCCCCAUCAUGGUGAACACUGGUGCAAGGUGUCAAAGGACAUUCGAAACUGGCGCUUGAACACAGAUCAUAUUCUCGUGAUGGUCGCCAAGGACUUGCCUAUUCCCGUGUGAAGUGUGGCUUGCAGUUUCUACUUGUGCUCCAUUACAUACUGUUGUAUGAUAGCAGCUCGACACACACUGUUAUAAACAGAAAGGAACACAUAUUGUAGCAAAAGUUGCCCUGUAACAUUCUAGUAGCUUACCGUAUCAUAUUUUUGUCAGGUUUCGUAACCUUGUGCCAGAUGCUGAGUGAGUGGACCCCCCCUCCCCUCCCCCAGAUACACACACAUAUUUGUUUAUAUUUUUAGUAAACAAAAUCAAAUUUGGUUCAUAACAUGCCAUCUAAUUCAUGUCUUCAGAAGCAUCAGUAAUAGGAUUCUGUGUUAUUCCUUGCAACACGUAAGCUACUAUCGACAGUGGACUUCGUUUCAUUUUUCCAUUAAAUGGCAAGUACGAGCAAUAUAAAUUAAUUGUUCUGAAAACCAAAGAUAACUUAAUGUUAUGGAUGGUCUAAAACGUGUGUUUAAACUGAAGCAAAUUUAAAAGUAAUUCAUGUAGGUACUUUAUGUUGAUUAAAAUGUUUAAGAACUGAUGUGUAAACGAAGUGGACUUUUUCUGAACCUGCGACAGUGUGACGUCUCUUGCUGAACUAAACUAUCCACACUCAUCACAUCAUAAUUUUGACGUGAAGGCCAAAUGUUUGUGUCAAUUUGAAUUUGUGUAACACGUUCAUGUUCUAAUGAGAGGACUCAUCUGGCGUUCUAUAUGUUCCCUCCUAGGUAUAGAGUAAAUAUGUAAGAUUUGACUUAUAUCAGGACAUAAAUGUUUUAAAAUUGA